CAAACUCACACCAAAAAUCCUCAGACACCUUCAGGCAAAACUAGCAAAGGGAUCGACAUUGUCCUCGGUCUUCCUUUCUUUUCACCUUCUCAGCCUUUCAAACUUCAACAAUUAACUGACCAAAGAUGGCCCCUGACCUAACCAACGCAGCCACUGCCACCAAGCCCACCGCCAUCGUCGCUAGUCCACCAACCCGUGCCUAUGUCACGUUCCUUGCCGGGAACGGGGACUAUGUGAAGGGGGUGGUGGGGCUGAUGAAGGGCAUAAGGAAAGUGGGGAGCAAGUACCCCCUCGUGGUGGCAAUCCUGCCGGAUGUGCCCGAGGAGCACCGCCAGAUUCUCGUGGACCAGGGUUGCAUCGUUCGGGAGAUCGAGCCGGUUUACCCUCCCGAGAACCAGACCCAGUUCGCCAUGGCCUAUUAUGUCAUCAACUACUCCAAGCUCCGAAUCUGGGAGUUCGUGGAGUAUGAAAAGAUGAUAUACCUAGACGGCGACAUCCAAGUCUACGAGAACAUCGACCACCUAUUCGACCUCCCCGAUGGCCAGUUCUACGCCGUGAUGGACUGCUUCUGCGAGAAGACCUGGUCCCACACCCCACAGUACCGGAUUGGGUACUGCCAGCAGUGCCCGGACAAGGUCCAGUGGCCAGGGGCCGAGCUGGGACCGCCCCCUGCCCUCUACUUCAAUGCCGGCAUGUUCGUGUACCAUCCAAGCCUUGCUACAUACGACGACCUCCUCAAGACCGUCAAGGUCACCCCUCCAACGCCCUUCGCGGAGCAGGACUUCCUCAACAUGUACUUCAGGGACAUCUACCGUCCGAUCCCCCCUAUUUACAACCUCGUGCUAGCCAUGUUGUGGAGGCACCCUGAGAAUAUUGACCUCGAUAAGGUCAAGGUCGUGCACUACUGUGCUGCCGGUUCAAAGCCAUGGAGGUAUACCGGAAAGGAGAUGAACAUGGACCGCGAAGACAUUAAGAUGCUUGUGAAGAAGUGGUGGGACGUCUACGAGGACGAGUCCUUGGACUACAAGAACUACGUAGCACCUGCAGUAGAGAUCGAGCCCAUGAACUUGCAGCCAUUCUUGGAGGCCAUGUCGGAGGCUGGUGCCAUUAAUUACGCAACCGCCCCAUCGGCUGCUUAGUUCGUAAAGGUGGCAGAUCCCGAAGAUGAACGAAGUAUGUACUAAAUCAUAUUUAUGUUGGAUUGCUUUGAUCCUCCGGACGGAAUUUUUUUCCGUAGGAGUUGGAGGGGAAAGCAAGAGCAUGUUUUUGUUUUUCAAUUUUUAUGUUUUCUGCCUUGGGCUUUUGAUGUAAAGGGUUUAAACAAUAUGACCCCUCAAAAUAUCUCGACGAUAUUAAUACACUAUAUUACAAUUAAUA